AUGUCGGCAUCUGAGACAACGACAAAGGAGCCUCCUGAAGGAAAUGACUCAACACCAGCUGAGUCGUUAGCCGGACCAAGUCAAGUAAAGGAAGAUAAUGCAGCUUUCGUCACGACUGCUGCAGCCAAAAAGACAGAGCCAAUGGGUGUCAUGCCGUCGAUAUUGUCGUCUCAGCAGCCUGGGAAGGACGUUUCCAGAGCUGAAGAGGAGGGGGAGAAAUGGUCGCCCGCCUCCUCGCCAACAAACAAACCUGCUGCAGGACACGCAGCAAAGUCCCUCCCAUCCAUGUCCUUAUUGUCCUCCUCUCCCUCUACGUCUUCAACGUUGUCCCCCGGCCGAGCGAAGAUGAGCGUUUCUGGGCCUGGCAGUAGUAAAUCCGUCCUGCCGCCAGCGCCUCCCUCCUCCUCCUCGUCCUCCUCUUCCUCCUCCUCCUCAUCCUCCUCUUCCUCUUCCUCCUCUGCGACGGCUUCAUCGUCUCCCUCUGUCUCCCCUGCGCCACCCAAGAUCCACAGAGCCCGCAAGACCAUGAACAGGCCUCCACCAGUGCAGGUGAGCCGUGUUGAGCCACCUGCUGAACCUGUGACUCCUUCCGGAUCCUCAGCCUCGCUUUCCUGUGACACUGAAACUGUUGCAAAGAAGAGAAAACUGGGCCAGUUAUCUGACAGCACACCUGAGAAAUCGGAGAAAUCUGAGAACAUCCCAGACAACGCUCAAAUCGUGGAGGAAAAGUUAUUCCAUAAAAAGGCGGAGUCCGUCACCAAGCCUCCAGCGGUGAAGAGCAGCAACUCGGAGGAGGAAGCAGUAGAGAAAGUUGAGAUUUCCAGUCCGUCCAAGCGAGAUUCAGACAAGUUUGAAGAUGUGGGGGGAGAAGCAAGGCAGAGUGGUAAAGACAGAGAAGGGUCAGUGAACAUGUCCGAUCAUCUCACCUUUUUUAUACAUGUAACGGUUAUAAAUUCAGACCGAAUUUCUUUCUCGCAGCGUUCGGAGCCUGAAACACUGAGAGACGUCCAGAGUAGGAAUAAAAGCGAGGAGCUUUCUUGGCCGCAGCUGGACCAGAACAAAGAGAGGAACACUGCUGAUGUGGUGGAGACUGUGGGAGCAGGAAGGUCCACUGAGUAUACAGAGGUUCCCCUCGGUGCUCUGGACAUCGCUGCUGCUGACAGUCUAACACUCUCGCCUCACCAUGAAGGAAGUGAUGCGGGGGACACAGAGCGGCUGGAGGAGCUUCCUCUGUGCAGCUGCAGGAUGGAGGCUCCUCGUGUCGACAGCACGAGCCACCACGUCAGCAGACAGUGUAUGGCCACUGAGAGCAUCAACGGAGAGCUGAGGGCUUGUACCAAUCGGACUAUUAAAGGUGAGACCAUGCGGCCCUCCAGUCGGGUGCCCCUCAUGCUGCUUUGUGACGUCCAUCGGUCACACAUGGUCAAACAUCACUGCUGCCCCGGCUGUGGAUACUUCUGCAUAGCGGGCACGUUCCUUGAGUGCUGCCCGGACCAGCGCAUCGCUCACCGCUUCCACCGGGGUUGCGUGACGGUGCUGGGUGGCGCUCGGAGCAGGGCGAACGGCGGCGGCAUGCUCUUCUGUCCACACUGUGGCGAAGACGCCUCCGAGGCUCAAGAGGUCACCAUCCCUUCCUUCAGCUCCGCCACAGCCUCAGCAACCACCGUCGUCACCAUGUCGGCCUCCUCCACCACCACACCGUCUCUGCCGCCGUCCGCCCCCAACGCACCCUCCCUCACGGCCUCGACGGGAGGGAUGAAGGACGGGAAGAUGCCCGAAAGACCAGUCAGUGCUCGUAUGCGUAGCCACGGCUUGGUAACGUUGGCGGUGGAGCAACAGCAACAGCAGCAGCCCCCGCAACCUACAACUGUGGCCGCCGUCCCCCCACCAGAAGAGGGAGUGGACAGCGUAGGACCCUCUCUCUGUAUGCCGAACGGGAAACCCAUCAGCCCCAGCGCUCUUCCACCAGGACCCAGCAGAGCGGCACUACAGAAGGCCAUCCUCACACAGGACACUGAGAGGAGGAAGAAACUGAGGUUCCACCCUCGUCAGCUCUACCCCGCUGCCAAACAAGGCGAAGUGCAGAGAGUUCUGCUCAUGCUGAUGGAGGGCAUCGAUCCCACAUACCAGCCUGACUCUCAGAACAGGCGCUCUGCUCUCCAUGCUGCAGCUCAGAAAGGUCUGCUGGAAGUCUGCUACAUCCUGAUACAGGCCGGUGCUCAGGUCGAUGCCCAGGACAAGGACCUGAGGACUCCUCUGCUGGAAGCGAUCAUCAACAAUCACAUUGAGGUGGCUCGUUACCUGAUCCAGAACGGUGCCUGCGUCUAUCACGUUGAGGAGGAUGGUUAUACUGGCCUGCACCACGCAGCCAAACUGGGCAGCCUGGAGAUUGUCACCAUGCUGAUGGAGACGGGGCAGGUUGACGUAAACGCACAGGACACCGGCGGCUGGACACCGAUCAUCUGGGCAGCAGAGCACAAACAUGUUGGUGUGAUUAAAGCACUGCUGAACAGAGGAGCUGAUGUUACUAUUAAUGAUAAGGAGCUGAAUGUGUGCCUCCACUGGGCGGCCUACGCAGGAAACGUGGACAUAGCAGAGCUGGUGUUGAACGCUGGCUGCUCCCUCUCCUCCGUUAACAUGCACGGAGACACACCGCUCCACAUCGCCGCCAGAGAAGGCUUCCUGGAGUGUGUUACGUUGUUCCUCUCCAGAGGCGCAGAUAUAGACAUCAUGAACAGGGAAGGAGACACGCCUCUCACCCUCGCUCGAUCCGACACGCCGGUGUGGGUGGCGCUGCAGAUCAACAGGAAGCUGCGAAGAGGAAUAACCAACCGUAUGCUUCGGACAGAAAGAAUAAUCUGCAGUGAUGUUGCGCAGGGUUACGAGAACGUCCCCAUCCCCUGUGUGAAUGCAGUAGAUGACGAAGGCUGUCCGUCUGACUAUAAAUACGUUUCAGAAAACUGUGAAACUUCAGCAAUGAACAUAGACCGCAACAUUACACACUUGCAGCACUGUAGCUGCACUGAUGACUGCUCGUCGAGUAACUGUCUCUGCGGGCAGCUCAGCAUCCGCUGCUGGUAUGACAAGGACCAGCGGUUGCUUCAAGAGUUCAACAAAAUCGAACCCCCGCUUAUAUUUGAAUGCAACAUGGCCUGUUCCUGUUACCGAACGUGCAAGAACAGGGUGGUGCAGGCAGGCAUCAAAGUUCGUCUUCAGCUCUACAGGACUGAGAAGAUGGGCUGGGGCGUUCGAGCCCUGCAGGACAUUCCCCAAGGAAGCUUCAUCUGCGAAUACGUAGGAGAGCUGAUCUCUGAUGCAGAGGCAGAUGUGAGAGAAGACGACUCCUACUUGUUUGACCUGGACAAUAAGGAUGGGGAGGUGUAUUGUAUCGACGCCCGUUACUACGGCAACAUCAGCCGCUUCAUCAACCACCUUUGCGACCCCAACCUCAUCCCAGUGCGUGUGUUCAUGCUGCACCAGGACCUGAGAUUCCCCCGCAUCGCCUUCUUCAGCUCCAGAGACAUCCACAGCGGACAAGAGCUAGGGUUCGACUACGGAGACCGCUUUUGGGACAUUAAGAGCAAGUAUUUCACCUGUCAGUGCGGAUCAGAGAAAUGCAAACACUCGGCCGAGGCCAUUGCUUUGGAGCAGAGCAGACUGGCUCGACUCGAAGCCUGUCCAGAGGUGGGAGGUGACUGUGGGAUGACCAUGAUAGGAAACUCUUAAAACAAACAAACAAACAAAAACACUAACCCACAUGGACCCGGUUUUUUUUUCGGAUCAACUUCACCUCACCAGUUUUACAUGCUGACAUCGGCAACGGAAAAUACAACUUUGGUUUUUAUCUUAUCAUUCUGUUUUUUUUUGGGUGUAUGGUGCUUUUUUUUUUUUUUUACAUGAAAUGUUAUUUUCCUUUCAAAACUGUCUCUUUUUACAUGUAUCAUUUCCUUUAUGGUAGAGGAUAUGGGCCUUAACAUGUUUUUUUAAACUGUUGAUAUGACAUAUUUUUGAAGAAAACAAGAGGUUUGUGUGCAUACAGUAUGUUUACUGUAUAUCACAAUGUACUUACAGAUGAAGGAUGUGCAUUAGCUCUGUGCCAUCAUACACGUUUAUUUUCUGUUGUGCCAAGAAACAUCAUGAAUUUACACACACAUGUUCCAGUUAAUGGGCUCGUGCUCAUACUGGGCUCCAUAUGGACCUGAGGAAAAAAAGCAUUUCUUAUGUCUAAGUUCACUUUAUUCGUCUUUAUUUUUAUACUUGUUUUUUUUUGUGUCAUGUUUAGUGUAAUAAAUUAGCUCAUGAGUUGAUGGCUCUUGUUGGGCUCUUGUCCCGGUGUGUCUUACUAAAUCUAUAACAUCAUCAUAGCCAGAUAUUAUGUGUGGGUAUGUCUGCAGUGUUCAGAUUGUCAAGUUUUCUAAGAGAUUUUGGAAGUGUUGCCCGCUGCUGUUACUGUCUGAUCAGCAGGGGGCGAGCAACUGCAAAGAAAGAGUGAGAGAUGCUGAGCAGCACUGAGAACAGUCAGAGAGGAAGAUGAAAUGAAGACAUCUCACUCUGCCUCUUUUCUGUUUUUGUUUUUCCUGAGGUUGGUCAUGAUAUAAGGAGAGACAUACAGCAGCAACAAAUACAGAUUUACAUAUUCAAACCAGGCCUAUGAUAAAACAGGGAAAACAAAUGAUAGAUGGAAAUUAAAACAA